AAUAAAAACAGGGAAAAAAUUUAAUUUAAUUUAAUUUAAUUUAAUUUAAAAUUUUCGUAAUAUUGAAACAUUGAGAAAUGAUAUAAUGGUACUACUAAAAAUAUCAUAAAUAAUAAUAUCAAAAUAGAUUCAUCAUAAGAGUAUAAUUUUUCAAUAAAUGAUAAACAUAAUAACGACAUUUAUUUAAAUAAAGAAGAUUAUAUAAGAAAAAUAAUUGAUAAUUAUGAAAACUAUUUAUUAUGUUUAAAAAAUGUUCUUAAUUGUUAUAAACAUAUUGAAAACAUUUAUUCUGAUAAUGAUAAUUAAAAUAAUUAUUUUCACAAUUUUGAAGACUAUUUAAAAGAUGAAAAUAAUGAAAUUUGCAAUGAUAAGAAUGUUAUAAGUGAAGGUGAUAAUAUUUAUGAAAAUGUUAUUGAAAAAAGUAAUAAUGAAUAUAUUAAUGAAAAUAAUAAUGAAUAUCAUAGAUAUAAAGAUAAUACCCAUGAAAAACUACUAGAAAAACUACUACAAAAGAUAUUAGAAAAACUACUAGAAAAACUUUUUAGUUUUUAAUAAUUUAAAAAAGAAUUAAUACAAUUUCAAAUAAAUUUAGAAGAUGAAAAUAAAAUUUACAAUAAAUACAAUGAAAAAUCAAGUAAUGAUAAGGAUAAAUUUUAUAGUAAAAAAAGUUGUAAGUAUAUAUGACAAUGAAAUAUUAAAAAAAAAUUUAGAGGAUUGAGUAACAAAAUAUUAAGAAUUGAUGUAAAUUAACUUAGAAAUAUAGAUAUGGGAAUUUAAAAAUUCUAUCAACAAAUUAUUUUAUAUUUAGUAAGAUAUAUAAUAAAAAUUAAAAAAGAUAAUAAAAAUAUGAAAAGUAAAGAAUAUGUUAUAAGAAAAUUCAAAAAUUUAUUUAUUCAAAUAAAUAAGGAUUGCAUAGAAAAAGAUAAUUUAAAUAUCAACAAUUAUUUUGUAUAGGAAAAAAACAAUUGAAAAAUUUAUAAUGAAACUAUAAAUUCAAAUGAUAAAAUAAAUUUUUAAUUAGAAUUAUUAUCUACAAAUAAAACUACUAACUCCUUUAAUUCUGUUAAAAAUAUAAAUUAUAAAAUUAAAGAUGAUAUAAUUAAUUUAAUUAAAAACAUAUAUGUUAAAUAUUUUAAAAUAGAAGUAAAUGAAAAAAAAAAAAAAAAAAAAAAAAAAGUUUUUAUUGUCUUAAAAUAUCAUAGUCGUGAAACAAUCAAUUAUUUAUCAAUUCACAUUUUGAAAAACAAAAAAAUUCGUAUGAAUAAAAAUUAUCUGUUUAAUUCUAAUUGCUAUAUAAUCAGUUGUAAAGAGACGUAAUUUUCUCCUGAAUUUAAAGAAGUAAAAACGAAUGAUACUGAAAAGUGUAUAAAUGAAAAUAAAAUAUAUUUUAAUGAAAAUACAUAUUCUGUUUUUGAAGAUGGAAAAACUACUUGUGAAUACAUUGGUAAUUGUGAAGAAGACAAGGUAUACUGUUACAAUAUAUUUCUUAAUUCUAUUAAUAUUUUCAUUUUUUUUACAGCAUUAAUUUUUAAUUUACAUAUAAUAUAA